AUGUCGGAACCCCAAAACCAUCUUCCUGUCGCUCUCAUAACGGCUGGCAGUGCCGGACUGGGCGCUGCCGCCGCCAAACUGUUGGCACGGAAGGGGUACCGAGUCGUCAUCAACUAUUACUCCAAUAAAGCACGCGCGGAUGCCCUGGAAACAGAGCUGCACACCCUCUCGCCACUUCCAUACGAUGCCCAUAACUUUCUUUCAGUACAAGCCAACCUAGAAUCUCGAGAUGAAAUCAAAUCUCUCGUGCAAGCUGCGUCAGACUUCUCCGUUCAGGGCGUGCCACCUGCAACAAACCGGCGUCUAGAUGUGGUGUUUUCAAAUGGCGGAUGGACACAGAUCCGCGAUAUUCGCAACUUGGAUGACAACCUGGUGGAGGACGACUGGGACAGAUGCUUCAACAUGAACGUCAAGAGCCAUCUGUGGUUGAUGGGUGCUGCUAAGCCGUACCUCGAAGAGGCCGAGGGCUGUUUCAUUACGACGGCUUCUUUGGCCGGUGUCAAGGUCAGCGGAAGCUCGCUGGCCUAUGCAGUCAGCAAAGCAGCUCAGAUCCAUCUCGCCAAGGGGCUUGCGAUGGCGGCAGCUCCCAAGAUCCGAGUCAACACAGUCUCGCCCGGUAUCAUGUGGACGGACUGGGGUCUCCAAUUCCCAGAGGAACAGCGAGAGGCUGCGAGGGAGCGAACGCCAUUGAAGCGUGUCCCGACAGUCGAGGAGGUUGCAGAGCAGGUGUGGUGCUUUAUCCAGAGUAAAACCGUCACCGGGGCCAACGCUGUGAUUGACGGCGGUUUGUCGCUUUGA